UUCCUAUUUCGUUUCUACGCGGUCCAAAGUCUUCGUCUACAUAUCAUCUGAAGGACCCAAAAGAUCAUCGUUUUUUUUUUUUCAAGUUUCCCUCUGAUUCUUCUUUCUUCUUCUUCUUCCAGAUCAGAACAUUCACAUCCUCAAAAUCAAUGGCUUCCAUACCCAGCCAAGCCAACAGCAUCUCCUCAUCCCCUAUUUUUAUCACCAAAGAAUCUUUGCACUCCAUCCUCUCACACCACUCCUUAAUCCAACACUUCCGUAUCUCUUUAUCCACCGUCUCUCCUACGCUUCAUACUCCAAUCCGCCAAAGUUAUGGCGUUUCGCCAUCAUCCUCUCUCCUUCUCAUGCCGUCAUGGUCCUCCUCUCCUUCCCUUCCUUAUAUAGGUGUAAAGCUUGUAACCCACUUCCCUCAAAACUCCAUGCUAAAUUUGCCUGGAAUACAUGCAAGCUAUGUUCUCUUUAGCUCCACAACUGGGCAGACUUUGGCCUCUAUGGAUGGCACUGCAUUAACCCUUUAUAGAACAUCUUGUGUUUCUGGGCUAGCCUCAAGAUUCUUGGCUAGGGAUAAUAGCAAAGUCUUGGUGAUGAUUGGUGCAGGCGCUUUGGCACCCCAUUUGAUCAAAGCUCAUCUUGCUGCAAAUCCCAGUUUGGAAAAAGUGAUAAUUUGGAACAGAACAAUGGAGAAAGCAGCUGAUUUGGCUGAGAAACUGAGGGAAGAAUACAUAGAAAAUGAUCAAGUAUGUUUUCAAAGCAAUGAUAAUUUGGAGGAAAUUAUUGGAUUGGGUGAUAUUGUGAGUUGUGCUACAAAUGCGGAUACACCUUUGGUGAAAGGUGAGAAACUGAAGCCAGGAGCACAUUUGGAUUUGGUGGGUUCCUUCAAGGAGACAAUGAGGGAAUGUGAUGAUGAAGCAAUAAAGAGAGGAAGGGUAUUUGUUGAUAAUGAGGCAGCAUUGGUGGAAGCAGGAGAGAUCGUCGGAGCUCUUCAUAGAGGAGUAAUUGAGAAAAAGGAUAUUAGAUAUUUGGCAGAACUGAUCAAAGGGGAUGAAGCUGGAAGGACUGAUUCUGAAGAGAUUACUGUGUUUAAGUCUGUUGGUUCCGCACUUGUGGAUAUGCUUGCAGCACAGCUGGUGUAUGAGCUAUACAUGAAGGGGUAAGUACUGAGAGAUGAGGCAAGUCCUGAGAUUCCACUCAUAUGCUGAGAUCAUUCGUCUAAUUGGUGAACACACUGAUGCGUAAGUAUAUUUCUUAGAUGGCUGUUCCAAGAUAAAAGUCUUCACACAUGGAUGAUAACAAAUAAUACUAUGCCAUGUCUUUUUCGCUGUCAUGGUGUUUCUUUUUCA